CAAUUACAAAAAGACCAAUUCGCAAUCUCGUGAUAAAAAAGAAACAGAUCCAGAACAAAGUUCAUAACAAAGAAGAAAUCAAAAACUUGAAUCCAGUUUGAAUCAGAUCUCCAUUUCUUUUCUCGGGCUGAAUUCUUGGUUGUUCGUCGGAUUCGUAGGCCUACAGAGAAGAAGAAGAAGAAGAGAUGGCUGCGAUGGGGAGGGCGAGCUCUGGCCUGCAAUAUCCUGACCGGUUCUACGCUGCGGCUUCUUAUGCCGGUUUUGAUGGAUCGCCGAAGUCGUCUUCCAAGGCCGUGAGGUCUAGAUUCUCUGAUGAGGCUGCUUUGUUGCUGUAUGGUUUGUAUCAGCAGGCUACGGUAGGGCGUUGUAAUGUACCUGAACCCAGUAGUUGGCAUGCUAUCGAGAAAAGCAAAUGGAAGAGCUGGAAUGGGCUUGGAAAUAUGGUUCCUGCUGAAGCCAUGCGCCUUUUUGUGAAAAUAUUGGAGGAAGAAGAGCCAGGUUGGUACUCAAGAGUAUCAAGCUUUGUCCCAGAUCCAGAGCCGGUGCCAGUGCCAGUGCCAAAGCUAGUGCCAGUGCCAGAGCCAGUUUUAGAUGUGCAAAUUAAUAAUGAUUCAAAAGCUGAGCCGAUUAUUGUAAAUGGGAAUUCAAUCCCCGAGACCAAGACUAUAUCAACAGAAAAUGGAAGCCUGCCUGAAUCUCAGGAUAAGGAUGUUCUUGUGGAGGGUCUUGGCUCUAUUGUUGUUUAUGAUCAGUGGAUUUCACCCCCUGUAUCUGGUCUUCGCCCAAAAGCACGAUAUGAGCAUGGAGCAGCAGUUAUUCAGGACAAGAUGUAUAUUUUUGGAGGAAACCACAAUGGUCGCUAUCUCAAUGAUCUUCAUGUUUUGGAUAUGAGAAGUUGGGCUUGGACAAAACUUGAGGCUAAGACCCAAUCUCCUGAGUCACCCCCUGAAAAGCUAACCCCCUGUGCUGGUCAUUCAUUGAUAUCAUGGGAGCACAAACUUCUAUCAGUAGCUGGUCAUACAAAGGAUCCUUCUGAAGCUAUUCAGGUUAGGGUCUUUGAUGUACAAACCUCCACGUGGUCUAACUUGAAGACUUACGGAAAACCACCGGUUUCCCGAGGUGGUCAGUCAGUGACUCUUGUUGGGACAAGCUUGGUUAUAUUUGGCGGGCAAGAUGCUAAAAGAACUCUUCUGAACGACUUGCACAUUCUUGACCUAGAAACCAUGACCUGGGAUGAAAUUGAUGCAGUCGGGGCUCCUCCCUCUCCAAGGUCUGAUCAUACUGCUGCAGUACAUGCUGAGCGCUAUCUCCUCAUCUUUGGUGGGGGUUCACAUGCUACUUGCUUCAAUGAUCUGCAUGUUCUUGAUCUGCAAGCUAUGGAAUGGUCAAGACCUACACAACAAGGUGAGAUACCAACUCCACGAGCUGGACAUGCUGGUAUUACAGUUGGAGAGAAUUGGUUCAUUGUUGGUGGUGGGGAUAACAAGAGUGGGGUCUCAGAAACUAUUGUGCUGAAUAUGUCUACGCUUGUUUGGUCAGUUGUAACAUCUGUUCAAGGGCGUGUUCCUAUUGCUAGUGAGGGCAUUAGUUUGGUUGUAAGCUCCUACGGUGGCGAAGACAUCAUUGUGUCAUUUGGAGGAUACAAUGGACGUUAUACCAACGAGGUUAAUGUUCUUAAACCUAGUCACAAAUCAACCUUGCAAUCAAAGUUGGCUGAGACUCCAGUUGCAGACAGUGUUUCAGCUGUCCAUAACAUCACAAAUCCCACGGGCGAUGUCGAAUCCGAGUAUGAACGGGCUCAAGAAGGAAAAAUUAGGGAAAUUGUUAUGGACAACAUAGAGCCAGAGCAUUUGAAGAAUAAAAGCGAGCAAACGAAAGAACUCGUAGCAACACUGAAGGCCGAGAAGGAAGAACUGGAAUCAUCCCUCAGCAAGGAGAAGAUACACUUUCUACAACUAAAGCAAGAGUUAGCUGAUGCUGAGAACCGUAACACUGAGCUGUACAAGGAGCUGCAAUCUGUACGCUCGCAACUUGCAGCUGAGCAAUCAAGAUGUUUCAAACUUGAGGUCGAAGUUGCAGAGUUACGACAGAAGCUCCAAACGAUGGAGUCGCUACAAAAGGAACUCGACCUUCUACAGCGACAAAAGGCAGCAUCUGAGGAGGCCUUGAGGGCAAAACAGAAGCAGCAGGGCUCAGGUGGUGUAUGGGGAUGGUUGGCUGGAUCACCCCCUCCAGAAGAUGCCUGAUUUCUUGACCCCUUCAUUGGUUAGUGACACCAUUAGCUUACAAUUAUUACAUUUUUCCUUCAAUUAUAUUUGGCUCACAUCUUCACAUAGUAAUUUUUCUUCAACUGAUAAUAAGAUCAUUAUCAGUUCUUUUAUAUUGUUCUUCAAUUAGGGAACCCAAAUGAAUGUGUUAUAAACUUGAGCUGUGUAUUUCUUUUAUUGUUAAUCUUUUUAUAAAAGGUUUUGUAACAGAGGUGGUUGAAUAUAAUAUAUAGCUUCAUUUUUCA